AUGCACACUUCUUUUUCCUCGGCGCCGACCAGUGGUGGCACACCCGCCAUCUUAUCACAGUACCUUGUCGCUGCCUACAAAGAGCUCCUGUCUGCGGCCCAUACCAAGUUCUUUGAGGCCGAGAGUGCCCACACAACCGCGCAGCAGCAGUUGGCGCAGCGGUUGCUCGACUCGGAGGCUGCCCGCCGAGUGCUCGAGCGUGAGCGCGACGGUGCGCAGCGCCGGUAUCAGCUUGAACGUACACUGUACGUAAAGGCAGUGGAAGACAUGGCCGCGCAAAAUGUCGAGAUGGCCAAGCUGCGCCGCGGCCACGAAGAGACGACUGCGUUGGCAGCACGCGUUUCGAGCCUCGAAGGGGAGCUACGCGCAGCGACACUGGCGUCGCAGCAGAAAGCAAACGCUCUCGAGAUCACGUUGGCCAAACUUCUCGACGACAAUAUCGUCCGAACGGCCUUGAAGGACAUGAACGACGACAUGCUUUCGCAGCUCUCGGCGCUGGAGCAGCAAGUGCUCACGAUGGAAGCACGCCACUCGCAAUACAACUUUGCCACUUUGAAAGCGGUCCUGGGGCUGGACAUGACUGAUGGAGAACUUCGGACCAAGCUGGUCAAGCUCACGUCCAAGCAAGCUCUACGCGACGUGAAACAGCGUCGUUCCAAGUGA